UAAUUACCUUUAACAAAUUACCGAUAAUCAAUCAACUCGGUUAAAAACAAUAAUGCGUUUCUCUCUACUGGUCCUAUGUUUGGUGGCAUUUGUCGGCAUUAACACCGCGUGCGAACUCAGUUACCCGAGAUGUGCUGAAUUGGACCUUAACUUCACUGAAUGCAACUCACUAUUGGGAAAACUAUUGGUAGACAUCGGGGGCGUAAUACUGGACAAAGUGCUGAAAGCGGUCGACCUAUUGAGCGGCGUCUGCAGCUCCACCUGCGGCUCCGGGGGUGAUCUCACGGCCCGACUAGACAUACACCUGUCAGCUGAGGGCGAGGCUGACCUAAACCUGUCCGAAGUGCUGGAAUGGGGCAAAGAUUGUGGCAAUACUUUGGCUGUAAUUAAAAAACAUUUGCAGGACUUUAUCAAGACUUAUAAGAAGACCACCAAAGAGGCGGUUAAGACAAAAUGCGCGGCUAUUGUGAAGACUGUGCAGGAGUUUGUGGCCAAAGUGGACGCCGGGUGUGCGGUGUUGGCCGGCCUGACAGCCGAUGUUGAGGUUAAUAUAAAGAUUACGGAAGUGAAACAAAGUUGCGCCGAGAUCAAUGAGAUAAUUGUCAGUGUUAAGGUGAACGGUGCGUGCAAUGCAAACGAUCAGCAAAGGUGUCAGAGAAGUGUAGCGCCGGGACCUACCGGUGUGUUUAGUUACACGGGUUGUCAAAGGCCUACCAACCGGUACCGGCUGUGUAUCUACACCUGUAAUGAGGACCCGUGUAAUGGCACCUGUGCUGCCGUUAACACCUAUGACUUUGGCCGGUGUGCCUACGAUUUAGUCCAGGCCUCUGUCCAGUGUCUGUGUUUUAGAAAUUGA